GCCCACACUGACAGGUGUGACUCCACUGCAGCUUUACAUUCAGCCUGAGGACGCGACUCCCGCAUGGAAGCCGGAGGAGACGCACUGUAGGCGCAGAUAUCCGCUCCAAGACGCAAACCGGAGGCGCACAGCUGCGGGUCAGGAUGAAGGUGCAGAUCGUGCUGCCGCUGUCCAUAAUCGUGUCCGUCGCCCUGCUGGGGUUCCUCAGGGUGCUGAAGAAGGAGGAACUGACGCAGAACAAACGCAGCCGGUUCCAGGAAAUCAAGGUCCGUGUGAGCGCCGACGUCCUGGGGGAGUAUCUGAAAGAGAAGGUCGACACGGAGCUGCGGCUCGGGAAGGCCGAGGAGGAGCAGAAGACCCUGGAGGAGCAGGUCAACGCCUUGAAGGCCAAUGAAGAGAAGGCCAAGGGGGAUGUGGACAUCUGCACGGCAGAGAUGAAAUCUGAGACGGAUCAACUGGCGGCAGUAGAGGCAGAAGUAAACAUGCUGAAAGGUGAAUUUGAGAAGGAGAGCAACAGCUGGAAAACAGAACAUGAAGCACUGAAGCAGGAGCUAGAAAAACGGAGUCCAGUGUGCAACUAUUUAAACAGAGAAUCAGGAGCAAUGAGAACUUUGUGUGGUGCUGAAGCCCAGAAAAAAGAAGACCCAAAGGCGGAAGAACCUAAAAAAGAAGAACCAAAGGCGCAAGAACCUAAAAAAGAAGAACCAAAGGCGGAAGCUCCUAAACAAGAAGAACCUAAAAAAGAAGAACCAAAGGCUGAAGAACCUAAAAAAGAAGAACCAAAGGCUGAAGAGCCUAAAAAAGAAGAACCAAAGGCAGAAGAACCUAAAAAAGAAGAACCAAAGGCAGAAGAACCUAAAAAAGAAGAACCAAAGGCGGAAGAACCUAAACAAGAAGAAAAAAAGGCAGAAGAACCUAAAAAAGAGUAACCUAACAGGGAAGCUCCAGAACAAGAAGAACAUCCCAAGGCAGAAGCUCUUAAGUUGAGAUGAGGUAUUGCUUCCUGUGAAUUUCUCCUCUUCAGAACUUUCACUGCUACAUCUGUUAAAGAGACACAGUUCGUGAUUGGGUGAAACCAGAGUCCAGCUUGUUGUUUUUGUCGGAUUCUUGAGUGUGUUUAUUUGGACAUGAGCGUCCUGAAGGUCUACAACAGGAAGUUUAUGGGUUAAAGGAACACGUUGAGCAUAAAACCAGAGUUUAUGGGUGUUUUAAACCUGCUAAAUCUCCAUUUUAAGUGAUGCAGAUGAUGAGUUUGGGGUUUAAAAAGUGUCUCCCUUUCACCAGUUAUUGUCCUGAGAGUUCUCGAUACAGAUUGAGGUUUUUAUCUGCAGAUGUAUGCUAGUAAUGCUAAUUAAUGCAAGGGAAGCUGACAUGCAUUCGGCUGGUAAUGCAGAAAAUGCAUGAAUAUGUUGUUGUGUUUGGUGAGUAGUCCAUUUAGUGUUGCUGCUAUUAGACCACAGAUUGGAAAACUGCUUAUUCUGUUGGCACUUAUCUCCAAGAAUUGUCAAUUAAUAGCAUUAUUUUCACCAAAAACUAGCGAUUUCUUCUUUAUGCAACAGCGUCAGACCUAAAUUCACUUCAAUAUCAUGUUUAAAUCCAUGAAAUUUAAUGUUUCAGAAUUCUGAAUUGAGUCACUGUGUGGUUAAAUAAAUAUAUUAGCAUUACUGUUUUGCGGGAUAUGCAGUAGCAGCACUUUUUACCAAUAAAUCUGCUCGUUUUGUGCAAAAAAAGAGUCAAAGUGCACCAAUUUUCCCCUUUUAAGGGCUUCACAUGCAGAAAACCUGGUUAACAAAGAAAGUUGAUUAUCUUUGAUUGGGUUUUUAGGUUUUUUUAAGCCAACUAAGUCAAAAAAAAAAAAAAAAACCCUGGCUUUUUCAAACUCACUUCAUGGCACUGAGGAAUCUGGUUAUCUAACAGAGCCUGACAGAUCUGUGAUUGGUUGAUGAUUAAUGAACACUUUUGCAAACUCCAGAACACUCCCUUAAUCGUUGGCCAUAAAAUGAAUGACACAGUUUCCCUCCCAGACUUAAACAGGUCAACACCUCCAUGCUUUCUCCCAUCUAUAUAACUUUCAUUUAAAGCUGCAGAAAUGUUUUCACUGCUGCCUUUGUUUGAGUUUCUGUUCCACUGACUAAAACCAGAAACUUGCAACUGAAUCCCAGUUUCUUUGACAGUCAUACAGCUUCACUUUCACUGCUGGACCAGAUAUGUGUUGCAGAAAUCUGUAAUUUAAUUCUUCCUUGCCGAAAGGAGCUUUUCAGAUCUUGACCUUUCCUUUUUUUUUCAGUACAAAUGACGUCACUUUUAUGGUUCACGUGUUUCUAAUUACAGAUUUCUACAAUUCAGCAGCAGAUAUCUACAGUUUAAUUCUGAUUGGUUGAAGUUUCCUCAGACCUAUCUCACUGUCUGUUUAGAUUCUUAAAUGAAGUUAGAACUGGUCAGAAUGAUGCUGUAGAACCUCAAACUGGAAUCACAACUAGUCAGAAUGUAAUCACAGCUAACUUGAGUUAGCGUUUUGUCUUUAAAAUGACGUUGCAGAUAUCUGGAGCUACGUCGAGUUGCACCAGUUUUACCUCCAUGUCAGAGCAGUCUGAGGACGAAGUUCUGGUAAAUUUGGACGACAAGUUUCCAAUGAACGUAGCUCUGGUUCUCCACAAACUCGUGGGUCUUUCAAAACCAUCUGAUCUACCAAAGAAGCCUCUAUUACUUCUGCUGGGCCAACAUCCAAUGAGAAGCAUCAUAGCAAGUCAGUCUAGUCACAAUGACAUUAGAGAUCUCUUUAAUUCAGUUUGAGUUACAGUAACAGCUGCAGCGAUCUCAAACCGACUGGCUAAAAUUAUCUGUUAUUUUACUUCUGUGCCGUCCAACUCAAUGCUAAAUGCUAAAAGGGCUCAAAGCUAGCAUAUCUGGGUUUAAGAAAUCUGGGAUAAGUUCUUGAAUUCCUGCUCCUGACCAUGCAAAUGCACUCAACCUAGCUUCUAAAGCAGUUACCAACCGUAAAUUAUUAUUCUAUUUUCGUGUGUUAUUUAUUUUUAUGCAACAAAAUUAAAAAAGAUUGAAGUUGUGGGUGUUUUGGUGUUGGUUAUGUUUAUUUUUUUUUAGCUUUCGGUGUUGGUGUAAAAUGCUUUCUCUAAUAAGCUGACCAUGUAAAAAAGAACCAAAGGCAGAACCACUUAAACCAGAAUACCCAAAGGCGAAAGAACCCAAAAAAUAGAAUAACCAAAGUCGGAACAACCCAAAAAUAGAAUAACCAAGGGCGAAAGAACCCAAAAAUAGAAUAACCAAAGGUGGAAGAACACAAAAAUAGAAUAACCAAAGGUGAAGAACCCCAAAAAUAGAAUAACCAAAGGCGGAAGAACCCAAAAAUAGAAUAACCAAAGGUGGAAGCUCCUAAACUGUCCAUCCAAACACAUUCAACCCAGCUUCUAAAUCACUUACUAACUGCACUAUUACCAUUCUAGGAUAACAGGGUUUUUUUUAUACCGACAAAUCAAAGAUAAGAUGGUUUUACUUUAGCUGACAUGUUUCAGCUGCAGUUUUCUUCAGAGCGUCAUCCGACGUGUGCUGACGUGUCGUUUUUUUAUCAGGUGCCAGGUCUGACGGAUCUGUCAGAAUCUGUCAGACUGAUUAAAAAAGGACACGUCAGCACACGUCAGAUGACGCUCUGAAGAAAACUGCAGCUGAAACAUGUCAGCUAAAGUAAAACCAUCUUUGAUUUGUUGGUAUAAAAAAGAAACGUUAUCCUAUGAUAAUAAACAACAAAAUGAACAUCAUCCAACUAUUACCAUUCUAUUUCCGUGUGUUACUUAUUUUUAUGCAUCAAAAUGAAAAAGAUUGAAGUUGUGGGUGUUUUGGUGUUGGUCGUAUGUUUUUUUGUUUUGUUUUCGAUGGUGUAAAAUGCUUAUUUGAACUGACCGUGUUUUGCUUCGAUGCUCACAAAGAAGGUCAUCAUGAGAAGUAAAGAAUGUUACUGACUAAACAGGGUUGAUAGGAAAAGUUAUCCUUCAAUCACUAACUCAGGGGCAGCAGCAGUGUUUGCUGUAAUUCAGCUGAUUUAUGGCGCCGGCUGUGCACCGGCUUUGUUUUAACACAGGGGUUGUAUGUCUGCAAUAUGUUCUAAAUGAUGAAUUUAAGUUAAAAAGAAUAAACCAAACUAUGAAUGA